AUGGUCUACAAGCUCGACCCAGAACUCGAAGCAGCUCUGACCACCCACCGGCGCAUCACGAACUCUCAGCCCGUCCCUGAGGGCAUGUCGUCUGCCGAGCACGCGCGCCAGGUCGACAGAGAGACGUUGGUCGAGUUCUUCAAGUUCCACGAGGCGCGUCUGCCAGACGGCUCGCUGUAUACGGUCAAAGACGAAUCCGUCCCGGUGGAACACAGCGAGAUCAAGGUCAGGCUGCUGGCGCCGACUGGGAGUGAUGACGCGAUGUACCCGGUCUUCCUGUGGUUCCACGGCGGAGGGUGGGUCACUGGAGAUGUCGAACAAGACGACUUCCCUUUGCGCUUGCUGUGCGUUGAGCUGCAAGUCGUGAUCGUCAGUGUGGAAUAUCGCUGUGCCCCGGAGCACACAUUCCCUUACGCGUUCAACGACUGUUACGCCGCCCUCGACUGGGUCGCGAACCACGCCUCGGCCCUUCGAAUAUCGCUCAGCAAGGGGUUCAUCGUCGGGGGAGACUCGGCGGGAGGGAACCUCGCUGCCGCGGUCGCUCUCAAGGCGCGAGACGAUCCAUUCUUGGCGGGAAAGCGCUUAACCGGGCAGUAUCUACGCGAAGCUGCAGUGUGUCAUCCCGACUGCCGGCCGGAAGCGUUUUUGCGGCCCACAGUAUGUCGCCCCAUUGAACACCUCGCGUCUAAGCCGUUGUUGAAACACCUUUCAGAAAUCUAUGACCCUAAACCUCCAACGGACCUGCGAAUGUCGCCAUUACUCGCGCCUUCGAAAGGGGGUCUUCCUGCGGCGUUCAUCCAGGUCAUGGAGUGCGAUCCACUCAGAGACGAAGGGAUCCUGUACGAACGCGUCCUCCGGGAAGCUGGCGUUCCGACGAAACUUGUUCAGCACAACGGUCUCGUCCAUGCCAGUCACUACUGGUGUCCCACCUUGCGAUGUACGCAUCAAGUGCAUGAGGAGAUGCGAAAUGGGUUGAAGUGGCUCUUAAGUCUGACGCAGUAG